AUGAGCGGUCAUAAUCAUGGCCACAGUCACAGCCACAACCAUAACAUAAUGCCAGACCUCAUAAGUAGCAGUGUUAGUAUCGAUCUGAACAGUGGGGGACAUACAGGAGGUAAUAUAGAAGCCUCUGUUUCUCGAAGUCCAAAGUAUCAAUCUUUGGGGACCAUUUAUCCAUUCUCAGCAACCCAGCAUUCUCUUCCAGAUGUUUUCUUCAAAGAAAUAUCAGACAUCAUGAAGAUAAAAGAGGCCCAGAAAAUUCUCCUGUUUGGUGCCAUUAAUAUAUUUGGAACCAUCAUCUUGUUGUUCUGGUGCCAUACAACUGGUAGCAUAGCUCUCACGGCUUAUACUUAUUUGACAAUAUUUGAUAUAUUCAGUUUACUUACGUGUCUUCUGACAUUGUGGGUCCAGUCUCAAAAAUCAUCAUCUACUUUCUCUUUUGGCUAUGACCGAUUUGUGGUUCUUGCUGUCUUUGCCAGCACCAUGUUAGCCCAACUUGGAGCUCUUUUUAUCAUCAAAGAAAGUAUUGAACGAAUGUUACAACAACCUGAGAUACACACUGGCCGCUUGCUUGUUGGCACAAUCGUUGCUUUUGUUGUGCACAUGGUUGUCACAUAUGGCAUUACCAAUCGUGCCAUAAACCAUGUGAUUGCUGCUUCCAGUUCCAGCUGGCUCCAAGAGCACAUGACAGAUAUGAGUGAAAGUCUGUGUCAUGUGAUUCCUGGCCUCAGUAAAUUGCUUCUGCCUCGCCUGAAUCCAUUUGCCCUGAUUGCAUUUGCUGGAGCAAUUGCCCUAUUCAUCACUUACAUCCUCAUUGACACAAAGAAUUAUUAUGCUGCUGAUACGUUGGCUGCUGUUUCCAUUGCCUUGAUGACUUGGGGUACCAUGUUUCCAAUGAGUAUGUACACUGGGAAAAUACUUCUACAGACGAGUCCCUCUCACAUCAUUGGACAACUUGACAAAUUAUUGCGAGAAGCAUCAACUUUGGAUGGUGUUCUAGAAUUCCGUCAUGAACACUUCUGGACUCUAUCUUUUGGAGUUUUGGUUGGAACACUUCAAGUGCGUGUACGAAGAGAUGCUGAUGAACAAAUGGUCCUUGCCCAUGUGCACAACAGACUCUCAAAUUUGGUAUCAGAACUGACCAUUCAGAUUUUUAAAGAUGACUGGAGCCGUUCUUCUUCUGUAUACCACCUACCCACUACAGCUUCUUUCUCUACAUAUCCACCACCAAUGACAUCGACCAGCCAUAAUUACUCAAGGAUUGGCUUGACUACUGACAAUUUCUAUUCAAACAAUGCUUUAAGGACACAAAUGAUGGCUUUAGGAUCAUCAUGA